AUGCAUACAAUGUCCCACUUAUCAGAGGAUUUUAAAUGUAGCUAUUGUACAAAAUCCUUCAGGACACAGUUAAGAAAGAGAGUUCACGAAAAAUCGGUUCAUAUGAAAAACAAGAGUCUAUUAGUUUGUGGAUAUUGCAAGGAGAGAUUCAAAAGCCAGUGCCGUAAAGAUGUUCACCUAAAUGAGGCUCAUGGCAUACCGCUUCCGAAACGUGAACCUGCCAAGUGUGUGAUUUGCGAACGCGAAUACACAAAUCAAAAUAAAUUGAAAUCUCAUAUGAGAAGAGUCCAUUUACAGGAAAAGAAGAAUAAAUGCGAACGCUGUGAUAUGGAGUUCUUUACACAGUUCGAGUUGAAAAAACAUUUAGUGAAGCAUACAGGGGCUAAAAACUUUCGAUGUAAUGUUUGUUUAAAGGCAUUCGGUGUGAAGGAAUCCCUGAGAGUUCAUAUGAUGAUACAUGAAGGAAAGAAAAGAUUUAAGUGCAAUCAUUGUGGAUAUGGUUUUACCCAGAAGCAUAGUUUGCAGAAGCAUAUGAGUUCGAAGCAUUCUGAAAUUGUUGAAAAGUGA